AGUUGCGUCAAAAGAAGUUGUUUUUCUGAUUUCACUUCAGCUGGGGUCGGAUAGUAAGGCGUGCUGCUGUUUAAAGUUUUUGUGUUUUAAUACAACUCAAUUUUAAUCCGUAAACACGAAGAAAGUGGACACAUACCAGGAUGAGUGCUGGAAUUAGAAAAAAUGGGAUUAGUUGCUUGGAAGUUUAUCAGGCCAGCCUGGAACGACGAGUUCAACAAGGCGAGUGGGAUCUGGUGUGCCGAGAUGAAGAGCUGUGUAAGGAAAUGGAGACACGUCUGUCUGAAUGCAGUCCUCAAAACUUCCACUCUCAGCUUGGGCUAGACUGGCUGUCAGUGAUGGAGGCUUCACUCCAAGCAUCACACCACACAUUGGGCCAAAACAGGCUCAAAAGUCUUAUUAAGGCAUUUGAAGUGCUAGAGCUUGCAGCACUAAAUCUCUAUUUGUGCCCAUGGCGGAAAGAGUACAAGGUGGUGAAGAUGUUCUCGGGUAUGUUCACUCACUGCGUCAAACCCGCUCUGACGGCACAGCAAGCUGAAGAGCUGUUUGCAUUACUCGGAUACCAGCCGGCAGGCAGCAAUGAAGAGGAGCUGAGACUAAGCACAAAACCAGUUCAUUCACAUACCCUUCUCCAGCUGGCAUGUGGUUUCUUCACUGCCCGUAUAGAGUGCCAGCUGCUGCUUACUGCUGUGGCCUCCUUGGGUGGCAGCAUGGAGUGGGCGCUUCAACUCAUUCACGAAAGAAAGCGUGGCUGCACUUUUCAAAUAGCGCUGGACAGUACAAAGAGAAAGCUGGAGUGUGCUCCAUGCGAUACGCCAUUAGCUCUAGAUGCAAAUCUAGAUCUGUACACCGAUGACAAUCUGGCCGAGCGUAGUCACAUGGCCUCACCACCCAGUCUUCCUUACAUUCCACCCAGUGACGCUCCCUUACCACAUAACAUGUCCCACAGUAGCACUUCCCAGUCAAACAAGGAGAGGAAUGAAAAGAAGGCACAGACUGUCUCCAUCUCAUCCCUGACCUGCCAAAUCAAUGCAACACCACAGAAGACUGACUUGAGUCUAAAGCCGUGUGAAAAUGAAAGACAAUUUACAGUAAUGUGUAAUGCCCAGCUUAAUGCCUCAAAAGAACUACAACAUAUGUGUAACUGUUUAAAGUCAUAUGGGUCAUAUCCUAAUCAAUGCCUCCAGUGUGGAGAAAUUCAUAGCGUGGAUUGUCCUUCUUUUAGGAGCUGCAUUGAGCAAAAUCAUAAAGUCAUUUUUGCACAGCAGCACAUGAUGAGUGCACUAUCCCCAACCAGACAGGACCAGAUACAAUGCUGGGAAAAAACGCCAAAAGAUGAUCUGAAGCAACACAGCUGUACAAAAAAACCCAGCAAUGAUUUCUUCUUUGUGUGCCAUGAUUGUUAUUAUAUCCAUGAUGAAAAAUGUGAGGAAAUUCAGAGGUGUUUCCGUAUAGGACAUAAUGUGCAAAAUACAGGAAGGUUACAGCCAGCUCAAGUAGAAAGAGGGGUGAUUGCACAUACAUGUUUUAAGGCAGAACAUACAGGCUAUGUAGUCUGCCACACAUGCAACAAAUCCCAUGACGUCUUAUGUAAAGAAAUACAGAGCUGCCAGAUGUCUAGUCACAAUGUGGUAUACAUGCUUGAAAAUAACGAAAAAGCAACCCAAGUCAAGGCCAUGCCUUUACACCAGUGCUGUACAUCCGCACAGCCAAAGUUUGCCUGCCUCACUUGCAGAGUUUUCCAUACCGAUUCCUGUGAAGAGAAUCAGUGCCCAAGACAACAUGAAGUACAGAGUCUCAAAUACAUGUGCUGCACAUGCUCACACACUGAGCUUUACGUUCUGUGUAGGUACUGCUGUGCCCAACAUUGCAAAAAAUGUUGGUUUAAAAGCCCCCUGGAAUGUAAAUGUGGCAUGCCUUUUCAUAACUCCCCUGUUUAAAAGAAUGGCUGAAUAACUCGUAUUUAUCUAGCUGCUUUAAAGGCAAUUUACCAGAUUUGUUUUCACCUGUUGUUACAGCCAAAUUAUAGUAGAUACAGUUACAAGAUGGACACAAAUACUUUUAUAGGUUAUAGAGUUAUAAAAGCCUUUGUGUUGUAGUUGUGAAAAAGCCAUGACAUUAUCAGACUACUGAUAUGGUUCUUAACAGCUCUGAAGCUUGAGUUUAAUACAUAACAAGCCUGAAGUGUUCAUUUGCUUCCUCAAUUUGGAGAUGUCUUUAUGGCUCUGUUUAGUUUCGUUUUCUACAGAAGAAAUGCAUUCUAACUGCUCUUCUGAUAAUGCACAGCUGCAACAAAACAGACAACAAAAACGUCUGAGCCAUGGCUGUGGCCUGAGGAUGACAAAUUACAAACUUUUUGACCAAAUUCCAGUCUGUAAUUUUAACUUUGGUUGACAUCUUAAGUCAGCUUUUUGUGUGGUGAUGAUGUUGUUAAUUUUCUGGUGAUAUAAUUGUCUGAUAAUGUGGGAUGAUUCUUCACACAAACGUGCAUAAAUGAUAAUUGCCUUAAAUCUUUACAUGUAAAUGCACUUAUUACUGUAUUAUAAAAUUCCAUUUUAUCUACUUAUUUAUGUUAGGAUGGAAUAAAAAGUUUUAGUUUAAAGCAAAAUUAACAGCAAGCAAAUGUACAUUUUUUUUAAUGCAGAACUGCUAUUCAUUGUAUUCCUCCCAGUUCACAUUAAUAAAUGUUUUACUGUC